AUGUCCUCCUCUAGUAUUGACAGCCGGUACAAUAAGCUUGUUAGUAAAGGUAAGAUUAUUGCGGUCGGCGACACAAAACUAGUCCGCCAGCAGGAAGAGAAAAUCAAGUAUACUAAAGCCGUUAUUAACGGCACGUAUUUAUACCACUAUACGUACCUCGCCUAG